AAUUAACGGGCCAUCGUGCUACUGUCUGUUGUACUACCUUCUACAUCCGUCACUUCUUCGGCGUUCCCUCACGUGUCCCGCGUGUUUGUUCACCGAAAAUAAUAACUGUCGAACUCGUACGUUCGAUCGCUGAUCGUGCGAUAUUUCCUUCGAGCAACAGCAGAUAGUGCAUCAUGACGGAUUCCAUGAAAUUUGGUCCAGAAUGGUUGCGCAACAUGUCAGGUGACAGUUGUAAUACAGGUGGAGGUGGUGGAGGAACCACAAACUUGAGUACUCCUCGGUAUCAACUGGCAGAAUAUAGAUAUGGUCGAGAAGAGAUGUUGGCUUUAUACGAUCGCAAUCAUAAACCUCCCGAGCCAUUGGCAACUUUUGCAGCAUUGUAUGUGGAGAAAUCUCAACCUCCGUUGGCUCUUAUACAGAUGACGGAAGAUGAAGCACGUAUGUGGAAUGGAGGAAUAGCCAAUAUCGGUGGCCGGGGAAGAGGUAGUAGUGUGGAUCGCGGAGGACGUGGUAGGAGCGGAAGAGGAAGCUUGUAUUCGUCUCACUACUCGCGUGGGGUUGGAUUCGACGACUCCGGCGAUGGUAUACGAAUCGAAGGCCAAUCAUUCCAGGGGAGAAAUAGGCCGUUUGAUAGAUCUCAAAGCGAACGUGGUUGGUCAGAAAGAAACGGUGCUUCGGAUCCGGGAGAAUGGAACGGAUCAAGUAGUCCUCGAAAGGAGCUCAGUCGUGGAACUAAUAGCGGUAGUUCUCUUAUGGAGGGUAAUUGGAGACGUCAUCGCGGAGAGGAGGACGAAGGAUGGCGCAAGUGGGGAAGGAGCAGUUGGCGCGAAGGUGGAAGUAUGGACAGGGACAGGCUAGAUCGAAACGAGGGUGAUGGAGAUGAAAGCAGAAGCGGGCCCGGACGAUGGGACCAUCGUGGAAAUCACAGAUCUUCCCACGACUCGGCCCACCAUGCGCCAUCUCGCACCGCUCGUACUUGGGAAUCGAAUCAUCACGAUAACCAUGACAAUCUGCCUGAGUGGGCGACGGAGAAUCCGAGCGAAAGCGGCGGCAGUUUUGAUGCUUCGGGCGCUUUUCACGGAGGCAUGUAUUCGGACGAUGACGACGACGGUGUGGCAGGUGCUUCCCAACAUGGCAGAACUCGACGUGUGUCGGAAGGCAGUGCUUCUAACAUAGUCAAGUCUAGUAACAAGCCAUUAGCUUUCGGCACGGGUUCUGUUCAAUCGUUGAAUCGCCAUACGAAUAAUACGGCCGGUACAUUAAGCAAGGAACGACCAAAACCGUUGCAUCCGCUCGUGGACAAGGACGACUCUGUCGGGAGGGAGAGGAGGUGCAACUCGCCGGUUAAAUCAACCGUUGUACUGUCGACGGAAAGUAUUCCCGCGAAGACACCCUUAACGACAUCCUCGGAUCUCUUGCAGAAGAAGGCUGUCGGACCCGCGAGUUCGGAUAAAGUUGAGAGCGAGAAAUUGCAGUCCAGCGGCACAGCGCCUAGCAAGUCUCCAACUGAAGCUCACAACAAGAAGGAGAACAACUCGCAGACGGAAGUUAAAACGGAGCCGAUACCAAUCGCCGUGACCAAUCGACAAGUUCCUCUGCACACGGAGCAGCCGCCCAAGACGGUGGCGCAUAACACGGGGACCUCUAAUGUCAGGCAGAGAAUGGAGGACGACUUGGAUAGAAUGAAGGAGGAGGCUGACGCUCUAGUGGCAAAAUUAAUGGACGAGGAGAGUCACAAAGAGAAAAGCGCUAGCGUGCCGCCCGCGAUUGGUAACCAAUCUUCCGCAGUCUCUGCUACGGAUAAUCAGGAAAAAUGGUUUUACCGUGAUCCACAGGGCGAAGUUCAGGGACCAUUUUUAGCUAGCGAAAUGGCUGAAUGGUGCAAAGCUGGUUACUUUACCGCGGGGUUAUUGGUGAGAAGAACAUGCGACGAAAGGUACUACACACUCGGUGAUCUUAUCAAAAUGUGUGGCAGAGUGCCUUUCACGCCUGGACCAUCGAUACCUCCGUUAAAGUUAGCAGAACAGGUGAUGCCAUCUGUUCCUAGCACCGUUCCGGCUGGAAUGGCUGCUGCUGCUGCUGCUGCUGGUGCUUUAUCGAAGACUGCAAUAGAGGAUCCGUUGCUGCUGCUACAGUAUCAGCAGAUGCAGUUGUUGCAGAAUCAGCUAUUGCUAAGGCAAAUGAAAACAUCGGCUAUAGCGAAGUUGUCGCAAUCUGAACACUGGGCAACAUUGAGUCCCGUAGAGCAGAAUCAAUUGAUUUUGCAAUACGUUAUACAGGACUCGGAUUUCCCGGAAGUACCGAUUACGACAAAUCCGUUUGUGCCUCAUCUCGCAUCUCAAGCGGCGACUAAUCCUGUCAUGCAACUGUUCACACAAAUGCAGCAGGCAAAGACACAAUCUGAAACUCAUUUGCCGGCGAAUCCACAUACAACCGCACCGGCACACCCGGCUACGGUGGAUCCCAUACAACAAUUGAUUCAACAAAUGGGCGGUAUACAAAAUUUGCCUACUGUUCAGCAGCCGAACAUCACUCAAACUCCCGCGCCGGCGCAGGAGGAUAAUCCGAUCAAGUCUUUGUUACGCCAACUCAAUGUCAACGCAAACGGCCAUCCGCAAACACCUCAUAUGGACACUGUAUGGCCGCAACCGCCACCGCAAAUGGCUCCACAGUUCAAUGCACAAAACUGGUUAGCGCAGGUUGGGCCUAUUCCGGCAAUGCCACCUGGUCAGUUACCUAGUUCUCUGUGGGACCUGCACACUAAGGAAAUAAAAACUGAGCAACAGAUAUUGGAAGAACAAAAUCUUAAGUUACAGGAGGAUAGAAAAAAGGAAGAGUUAAGAAAGCAAGAAGAACUGCAACGCCAAGCUGAAGAGGAGGAGAAUGCCAAGAGAAAGCAAGAAGAGCAAGCUAGACAAGCCGAGGAAGCGAAACGUAAGGACGAGGAAAGAAAGAGAAAGGAAGAAGAAAAGAAACGAAAAGAAGAAGAAAAACGCAAGCAAGAGGAAGAGCAAAAGAAGAAAGAGGAGAAGAAACGCAAAGAGGAGGAAAAGAAACGUGAAGAAAAGAGAAAGCAGGAGGAGGAAAAUUUGAAGAAAAAGCAGGAAGAGGAAAAGAGAAAGCGAGAAGAACUUAGAAAGCAGGAGGAAAAGCAAAAGAAGGAAGAGGAGAAAAAGAAAAGAUUAGAAGAAGAGCAGAAGAAACAAGAAGAAGAAAGACUCAGAAAAGAAGCAGAGGCGCGACGACAAGCCGAAGCGGAAGAACAGGCGCGUCGCGCGGAGCAACGACGUAGAGAGGCCGAGGCGUUGCGCAAGCUGCAAGAAAGAAGCAAAGCACCGUGGGCUCAAGCUCCACGCGCUCCUGCUCCUGCAGCUCAUGCAUCGCUCGCCGAGAUUCAGAGACUCGAGAGAGAAAAGAAAGUUGAAGAACAACGAUUGCAGCAACUGAUGCAGCAACAAUUGGCACAACAGAAAGCAAUGGAAGCGGCUCAGGAGGCUUCGGCGGCUGACUCGUCCAAAAGGUUGCAAUUCAAAUGGGCGGAAAAAGCCACCGCUGCCAAUAAACCUCUCCAAGUGAAGAGUCUUGCACAGAUUCAGCAGGAGGAGCAGGAACGUAUCGCCAAGGUAAAGCAACAGGAAAGAGAGAGGCAAGAGAAAGCCGGCCAGAAGGAGUCUGCGAGUGUGCUGCAGAGUGCUGGAAUAUGGGGUACGGCAUCGCAGUGUCUGAGUUGGGCUAAUUCUGGCACGUCGAGCCAGGCAUGGUCCAACAAUUCGGGUGCUACCGGAUUCUGGGACGAUCCGACACCGGUCAGAUCGACUACGGCUACAAAACAAUCGGUUAAACAAGUUGUGACUGCGAAAUCUGCUCCUAGCCAGCAGCAGCAGCCACAGCAGUCGCAGCAGCAGAAUAACAAGGCGUCCAAGAGUAAGAAUAAGAGAGAAGAGGAGUUAGUGAAAAAAUUGUUUGAACAGAACACUGCCAAGACCGACGAGUUCACGCAAUGGUGUACGAAAGCGUUGAACGGUUUACAGGCGUCUGUGGAUAUUCCCACGUUCGUUGGAUUCUUGCGAGACAUCGAAUCGGCGUACGAAGUAAAGGAGUACGUUCGCGUCUACCUCGGCGAUACCAAGCAAAGUACAGAAUUCGCAAAGCAGUUCCUCGAGAAACGUAGCAAGUGGCGAUCGGCGCAACGACCUCAGGCGCAAGCGGACGAUCUAUGCAAACCAGCACCAGCUGUCAACCCAAAUGCAACUACGGACUUUCAAGAAGUAAAGGGAAAAUCUAAGAAACCAAAGAAAGGAAAGAUGUACAAAGUGGACAACAGGAUACUUGGCUUCAGUGUAACCGCGUCCCACGACCGUAUCAAUGUAGGCGAUCGCGAUUAUGGCGAGGGCGUCUGAACUGAAGUCAUCACACCAGUUUAAUCCUCGCGGAAAUGAUGCUACGCUCGAUUCAUCAAACGGUUUGUUAUUUAUUUAUCACAUAUGCUAAGAGGGACCCUGUAGUGGGUAUUUCUUAAAAUGUAAAACGUAUAAAGGCUUUUUACGAUCCAACGCGUAAAAGAAGAACAUGUCCCUUCUCAAAGUCGAUCAUCGAUGAUGAUGGUCUUCAGGGCCAGCUGAGCGUGGCGUUAUUUUCUUACGGAACAAAACUGAGAAAACACUGACAAAAAGGCUUCACUGUACAUAUUACUCAAAAGAAAAAUAUAUCGUAAGAGAAAAGAAACUGUGAAGAAAAAGGAGACCGACUCAUUUUUCCUAUGUAAGCGACGAUUAGGGUUGAAAACUUUUAUAACAUUUCAUCGUCAUCGUCAUUUAAGAUACGCAAGAGAAAGAAAAAUAUGCCGACCGAUAAUAAUCAUGCACGUGGAGACAUGGCAGUCAAUAGCAAUAUAUGUAUGUAAAGGUGUUCAACGAAAAAAAAAAAAAAAAGGUAACGUUAAAAAUGUGCUUGUGGGAAUUGCAGAAAGCAUCGUCUCUCUGAGUCAAGCACAAUUAUUAAUGAAAUACGGUGCGUCAGUACUUCUUUUACUGAUCGUGCUUAAUGUAAUGUGAAUCCUAUGGAUUUUCGCUUCGUCGCGAAUACGCGCGUCGAGGAGAUUUGCUUUAUAUUAUUACUCGUAAUAGAUUUUUGCAAAUGAUUUAACAUACAUUUCGAGCACGAUAAGAAUCUUCCCCACUUUUUAAUAUCCUUUUCGCCGUCAUAAUACUUGUAGUAACGAUAUUCUUAGCAGAAGUUUAAGCACACGCGGUAGUGGUAAACACUAUUAAGAUCAUGAAUGAUUUGCGUAUGCAUUUGAAAUUUGAGAUCUUACAUCUGAAGGUAGAAAGGACGCAAAUAGCAAAUACGAAACGUAUUUCAUAAUGGAAAAACAGGCAGUGAGAGAGGGAGAGGUAGUGGGAGGGAGGGAGGGAGAGAGGGGGAGAGAGAGAGAGAGAAAGCGAUUCAACAUACUUUCUUGAUAUUACGAGGACAUUGUUAAAAAUAAAACUAGUGAUUCCAGCAUAGCAUCCUUCAUUAGAAAUUCUUUGGUUUUGCUGUUCUAUACCGUAGAAAUGACAGUAGCGAUUUAAGGUAAUAUUCGUGUAUUACUAACUCCACGGAAUAUCGGCAUACAUGAAAUCCUGACACACGAUUACUGCAUGUGCCUAUGUGUGGAUCUCACUGUCGUCGGCAUA